CCACCCUUAUAUCUGUGUAUAAACGUGCAUUUCUUGAUCAAACGUGCAUUCUUCUACGACCUGCAUUUACAUUUCUGAGAAAUAUUGUAAUGCUCUCUUAGUUGCUGUGGCCAGUCAUUUAGCAUAAUGGCCAUUCUGCUUAUUGUUCACCUCCCGUAAUUGCAUUUGAAUUCAACAACAAAAAAAUAAUUCGUCACACAUCUAUAUAUUGCUGGUUGGAAAGAGUGAAACUAUGGUAAUUUAAGCGUCUGAAACGUACAGAACGGAAAUUGAAUCUGGGAGAAGAUGGAUUGCAGGAUGUGUGGUAAGGCCGAAGCUAAGGCCUGCACUGGCUGCAGAAACGUCUACUACUGCUCCAAGGACUGUCAACGGCGUGAUUGGAAAGCUCACAAGAAGAGCUGCUCUCAAAAAUCAAGCGAGGUUCAAGCCUCAGGAAGUACCAAGUCGAAGUUUGAGAAAAAGGUACAAGACGCCCAGCGGGUCAUGACUACGAAGUCUCAUCUGAUACCUAAGUAUGCCGAAGAGUAUCAGCGAAGAUAUCCCGACGAAAUGGGUCACGUGAUUAAGUUAACCUACGAGCAGGCAAGCGCCAUUUCUAUUUUUGGAACAAUCGACGAGGGAGGGAAUGCUUUUGCGGAUGAAGAGUUUGCACCGGAGCGAUUAUUGCAGCGAUGGAGUGUAACCGACAUGAAAUCAUUUGAGAAGUUUAUAACACGAAAAGGCUUAAAAUCCGGAGACAUCUGGGAAAAACCGAUAUUGCCAUACUUGACAGGGAUUGAUCUCAAAGGAUCAACGCUCAUCUUGAACCAUGUGCAGAUACUGCGAAAUACUCCGAAUAAGCAGCUCAUUUUUGAUUUCGGCAGAAACUACGUCUUCGUUGGCUAUGUCGACAUCAGCCAACUUUUGUGGGGUGCGUUUCAAAAUGAACAUGAAGGGUUGUUACGCUUCUAUGGUUACGACCAGGCUGAAGUGACGGUAGCGAGAAGCAUUUUGAUCUAUGAGAUGAUGAAAAUUGGUCAGACCGAAGUUAGUGACAAAACGAUUCUGCAAGUUUGGUUUUCUUCAUGCUGGGAUAAAGAAACAAAAGAAGAGUUUGAAAAGUUUAUACAACUCAAAGUACCAAAUAUUGGCAAUGAUUUGCUCACCAAGUAUGCUCAAUGUUGGAACCGAAAAAAAGGCAUGACAGUUAAGUUUGCCCAAGAUGCGUUUGUAGAGCAUCUAAGAAAUUGCGACUACAUACCCUUGAAUAACUUGAAAGCUGAAGAUGACAGAAUGGCAUUCGCUCGCUACCUGUUCACGGGGUGCAUUUUCACUAAAGAGGAUGUAGUAUGUGGAAAUUGUACAAUGUUCCCGGAUAGCACUGACAACUGGAAAAAAAUGAAAUCUGAAGAUUUCUUCAACACAAUUGAUAUGCUUCAAUUCACGAGCGUUAUAAAAUCGAGUGAUAAGUCUCUUAUCAAUGUCGUAACCUCAAAAACAGCCAAAAAUUUUGAGAAUUUGCGAGGAUUUAUUCGAGAGGGAAAAUUGGUUUGUCAUUUGGCUGUGAAAUCGAUCGACACUAACGAUACGAAAUGUGCCUCUGAGAUCAAGAAACUGAAUCCCUUCUUGAUUGAUUGGAGUAACGUGCCUGAUUAUUGGCAUAGAUACGACUUUAUAGACUUCGCGCAAAAGUGCAGUGGACCUGAAACAUUGCAUCAUUUCCAUACAAUGAACUGGGUGCAGAAAAUGUUCGGAGCAUCCUUCUAUGAUUACAUCGAGCAGAGACCAGUUUUGGAAGAGAUGUUCCGAAAUUACCGAAAAGGUCUGAGUGCAAGCGCUGGCAUGACCAAAUAUUUGAUGCCGAAUGUCGAAAGAUUGAUCCGAAUACCACAGUUCAAGUUGCCGACAAAUCUGUUCUCGGAACUAGCCGUCGUGAUGUUCGGUGAGAAGUAUUUGAAAUAUGCAAUGACUGACAGAAACGGUAGAGUUCUGAACCAUUUCAAAGGUCAAUGGGAAGCCUUCGUGCAAGUAUUUGGAGAUUGCUGCUCAACCAUGCAAUGUGCGUUUUCAUUCGAUGAUGAAAUGGAACUGAAUUACAAAUAUGAAUAAGCAUAAAAAUACAACUUGUCCAAAAUAGGUUCUGCGAGGCGAAAAAACUUGUGCCUAAGAAGCACAUAUCGUCUGAGAAUGCUCAAUUGAUGUUUCGCGGUAACCGUUUAUCUAUUUGAAAUGAUAUACAAGAAAAAUUUGUGUUGGUUUCAGAGAUAUGCUGGUUUAAAAGAUAUGUUUCAGAACGCUAAUUGAAUUUCAGG